AUGAUGUUACCAAGCCCGGUCACCUCCACCCCUUUCUCAGUCAAAGACAUCUUGAAUCUGGAGCAGCAGCAGCAGCAGCAGCAGCACUUCCACGGCGCGCAUUUGCAGACAGAGUUGGAGCACCGUUUCCACUCGGCACCCUGCAUGCUGGCGGCCGAUGGGGCGACGUUUUCUGACGGAGGGGAGGAGGACGAGGAAGAAGAGGGAGACAAACUGUCCUAUUUGAACUCACUAGGCGCAGUCGAAGGCCACGGGGAGUCAGGGCUCUGUCCCCAGAGCUAUGUCCACACGGUCCUGCGCGACUCGUGCAGCGGGCCCAAGGAACAUGAAGAGGAGCCCGAGGUCGUGAGGGACCGGAGCCAAACAAGCUGUCAGCUGAAGAAGCCCCUGGAGGCGGUGGGCGACAGCAAGGCGGCGGCGGAGAGCGAGAGGCCGAAGCCGCGCAGCCGCCGGAAGCCGAGGGUGCUCUUCUCCCAAGCCCAGGUCUUCGAGCUGGAGCGCAGGUUCAAGCAGCAACGGUACCUGUCGGCGCCCGAGCGCGAACACCUCGCCAGCAGCCUGAAGCUCACGUCCACGCAGGUGAAGAUCUGGUUCCAGAACCGCAGGUACAAGUGCAAGAGGCAGCGGCAGGACAAGUCCCUGGAGCUGGGCGCACACGCGGCCCCGCCGCCGCCGCGCCGCGUGGCCGUGCCGGUGCUGGUGCGGGACGGCAAACCGUGCGUCACGCCGGGCGGCCCCUUUGUGAACGUGAGCAACUUGGGCGGCUUUGGCGGCAGUGGCGCGCAACCGCUGCACCAGGGAGCCCCGGCUGGAGCCGCGUGCGCACAGGGCACCUUGCAGGGCAUCCGGGCCUGGUAG